CGGGACACUCCCCCGCGCCGUCCCCGCCCGCGCCGGCGGCUUCGCUCCGGGCUCGGGCACCGUCCCCGCCGCUGCUGCCGCCGGGCUCCGCCUCAGCGCCGAGAGCUGCGCCCGGAUGCUCCGUGUUUCUGACACCUGCCCGCCGCCAAAACUGUUCAGAGACAUGUUUCCUCAAAGGAAAAACACUGGGAGAUAAGAGGAGAGGAAUUGUGUAUCCUUUCAGCAGCCUUCUGUUAAACUUGGAAUACCACAGCUCAAGCACGUGAACAGAUGGAUAAUGGAGACUGGGGAUAUAUGAUGACUGAUCCAGUCACGCUAAAUGUGGGUGGACACAUGUAUACGACCUCCCUCACAACUCUAACGAGAUAUCCUGACUCAAUGCUCGGGGCCAUGUUCAGGGGAGACUUCCCCACUGCCAGGGACGCUCAGGGCAAUUACUUUAUUGACAGAGAUGGACCACUUUUCCGUUAUGUUCUUAACUUUUUAAGGACCUCAGAGCUCACUUUGCCACUGGACUUCAAGGAGUUUGACCUGCUCCGGAAGGAAGCAGACUUCUAUCAGAUUGAACCCUUGAUUCAGUGUCUCAAUGACCCCAAGCCGCUGUAUCCUGUGGAUACCUUUGAGGAGGUGGUGGAGCUGUCCAGCACCCGCAAGCUUUCCAAGUACUCCAACCCGGUGGCUGUGAUCAUCACGCAGCUCACCAUCACCACCAAGGUCCAUGCACUGCUGGAAGGCAUUUCAAACCACUUCACCAAGUGGAACAAGCACAUGAUGGACACCAGGGACUGCCAGGUGUCCUUCACCUUUGGGCCGUGUGAUUACCACCAGGAAGUGUCGCUGCGAGUCCAUCUCAUGGAGUACAUCACCAAGCAAGGCUUCACCAUCAGGAACACCAGGGUCCACCACAUGAGCGAGCGUGCCAAUGAAAACACAGUGGAGCAUAACUGGACUUUCUGCAGACUGGCACGGAAAACAGAUGACUGAUUCUGACUCCACAGGAGCCACUUCAGUGAUUAGCAACUUCAUUGGACAGUGAACCCAAGAGAGUCUGGAUUUUGGCUAAAGCAACUAUGGGCUUUUUUUAUACGACUAUUUAUUGUUUAUCAGUGAGGACUGGAGGAGUUUCAUUCUCUAGCAGCUCUGUUCUUUUGUCCAGUUCAGAAAAAAAAACCGUGCAUGUGCCUGUUCAGUCAAGACACCUUUUUGUUUGAAAGAAGGAGUCCGAAGAAUCAGUACAAUAGGGUAUUUUGUGUCAUUAACACAAUUCUCUGACUCUACUCAAAGUGCUAAAAUUACCUCUUGUUUAAAUGGUUUCUAAUCCAUCUAAUGCUAUGACACUGGGAGCAAGAAACAAAAAAGAUUUUAAAAUGCAGUUUGGGGAGAAGCUGCUAUUGUGUAGACUAAUUUAGUUUCUAAAUCAAUAAACAGUAUUGUAAUAUUCUAGGAAAACAAAUCCCACCCUUUAAAAGUACUUGAUAAGUACAGUUUCUUACAGUUAUGACAACUGUUUCUUUCUAUGCAUAUAAAUCAAGCAACCAAAUAUUAUCAGUAGCCAUGGAAAUACCAUGACAAAUAUUUAUAUUGGAUUCUAAAUACAAAAUGUCCCUGUGGUAGAAUUCAUAUUUUUAAUGCCUGGUGCAAUAUUAUUCCCAAGUGUAAUGCCUGCCAGAAGAAGCUAAUAAAAAU